CAGGAUCCACCUCUUUCAGUUUGGAUCCUCAGCUGCUGCUAUCAUGCCAUGUACACUUCAAGCCUUCUCUCAGGAUGACUUCUGCUGGAACCUAUCCUUCCCUGGCGUAGGAAGAGGGAGAAGCACCGUUCACGGUGUCCAUCCGUUUUUUAGCAGUUUCGCCGAACAUCAGCACGACAGCGUCACCCGAGAGAUCGUUGGCAGUGGCAAAGGCCUUUCCAAGAAGGAGGCCAUCGUCCAGGGCAAAGAACCGGACACAGGUGCCUCUGCCACGGCGGGACCGACCCACUCGGGGACCGACACGUCGACCACGGCCGCUGCGUCCGGACAGAACAAGUCGAAGGAGGCGAAAGCCGAGGCGAAGGGUGCCGAUGCCAAAGGGCCGGCGGAAGCUUCGGCUGCUUCAGGAGGGUCUGGAGCAACUGAGCUGGCUCUUUCAGAGCAUCGUGCAGGACCAGAUGCAGAAACAGCUGGUUCAGGAAAGGGCAAAGCCGGCAAAGGAAAAGGCACUUUUGAUGAUUGGAUGAAGGGCAAGGGGAAAGGCAAAGGCGGCAAGUCUGGCUAUCACAGACAUGGCCGAUCACCUCACCGUUCUCACUCGCCUCGAGGAAGACACCCCUCACUCCGACGUCGCAAAAGCGGUGCUUCCAAGCGGCUGAAGCAUUUGCUGCAGCGUCAACGUCAAAUGCGCUCACACUCGCCACGCAGCGUCGGGACGCUCCACCGGUCUCCAUCGCCCUGGCGCUAUGGCGACCGUCUUCGCAUGGGCUCGUACCCUUCCAAGUCGGUGGGCUCUUUACGGCGAAGCGUCGGGCUGCUGCAGACAGGCACCGAGCGACACCUCAGCUCCAUCGAGCAUGCAGUGCCAUCGGCACUGCUGCCAUGGGGUCCUCGGCGGCGCACGGCGGAGUUCACGGCCUUUCUGUUUGGUAUCGGCAAGAGUGCGGACGAAGCCCACCGGAUCGAUCAAGAGACCGAGCAGCAGGAGAUCCAGGAAGAAGCCAAGAGUGUGGUCAAUGCCGAGAGUGCAGGCUACGAUCAGCCAACGGGUGUCGAGCAAGGUGAAGAGGAGGAAUUCGAGCACGAGCACGACUUGGAGGCCAUGUCGCCUGAAGAGAUGUACAACCAGCCCAGAGGGCCUGGUUGUGAAUGUCCUGCCUGGGAUCCACUGAAGACUGCACUACCUGAAGAUAAGCAGCAUGCCUCGCUGGUGAUGCUCCAGCGGCGGAUUCGGCCCGAGAACCGGGUGGCGCCCUCCCUGCGCGAAGCAGCUUCGGCGGUGGAGCAUGCGGGGCGGCUCUUCGAGGGAUGGGUGCGACGGAGACAACAGCUGGCAGAUGUGCUUCCCGAGCUGGCUGUGAAGAUGGAGUAUUGCCACAAUCGCGCGAAGGACUUCGCCCACUCGGCGGCGGAAGGGGCGCUGAAGUCGCUGCAGCAGCGCCUGGAAGAGGAAAAGGAGGCCGAGGCAGCCACCGAGGAGCAAGCCGAGAUGACUGAGGGGCAGCGACGCUUCCAAGCCAUUGGUGAGGCGCAGGAGGAUGUCAACGAGCUGGCGCAGCAGGAGACGGCCCAGCAGAACACAGCCCAACAGGACUUGGCCGCGCAGGGCCUAGCGGCGCAGAGCAUGGCACAGCAGGGCUUGGUGCAGCAGGAGAUGCAUGGUGGCCACUAUGGGCAAAGCGCUUUCUUGGGCCAGGUGCCAACUGGGCGCAACACUCGAGCAGCAUUUCAGGAUGUGGGCCAAUUGGCACAAGCCAUGGGUCAAAUCUAUGGACGUCCUCAGCCGCCGCCUCCCCAGAUGCCCCCAGGCCACGACGCUUCCGCGGCCGCGCCGGAGGCGGCGACGCCGCAGGAGGCGGCCUUAGAGGCGCCGAAGCAGGUUGAGGUGGAAGAAGAGAUGAAGGAAGAAGAGGACCUGGAACAAGCACGUGAGGCCGAAGAUUGGGGAGACUUCUUCCGAGAGUGUGGCGAGUUUCGCAUUCCACCCACGGUGCUGGCGGCACGGCGUGCGGCCAACGAAGCCUAUUGGGCCUUCGAUCGGGCCAUGCAGGUGGCCGAGAAGAAGGUGGGCCGUGCCAUCCAGCACUCAGUGCUGCGUGGGGCGUGAGUCGAGAGCGGGCCGCUGCGAACGCGCUGCGAACCAAGCACCGAGAGUUGCUGUGACGCUGUGAAGCUGUGGCAAUGGAGAUCGGUGCAUUUCUGGGUCACAGCAAAACGGAACCAAAAGAGCUGUGAACCCCAAACAGAAUGACUGAGUUUCUUGGGGUUUGGCUUCUGUUUGCAGUUGGCUGACAAAGCUGCUUUGAC